ACGCGCCUCACGGAAGCUCGGCAGUGCGCGUGCGCCUGUGUCGGCACUCCAAAUUAAAAAAGAGACAGCUAGUGGUUGUCCGGGAGGGGUGGCGGGAGCAGUCCCCGGAAACAGUCUCUGUCCUCUGUCACCGGGAAUUGGCGAGGUAGCUCCUCCGCGGGCCGAGGAAAUGCAGCCACAGAGUGAUUCUAUAUUCCAGUCCAAUGAAUUCUGAACCAUAAGCUGAGCUUGGUUUCAGACCUGGAAUGGCCAGAUAUCAAGGUGAAGUUCAGAGUUUGAAACUGGACGAUGAUUCAGUUAUAGAAGGAGUAAGUGACCAAGUGCUUGUGGCAGUCGUGGUCAGUGUCGCUUUGGUUGCUACCCUGGUGUAUGCACUUUUCAGAAAUGUACAUCAAAAUAUUCACCCAGAAAACCAAGAGCUAGUAAGGGUGCUUCGAGAGCAACUUCAAACUGAACAGGAUGCUCCUGCUGCCCCCCGACAGCAGUUCUACACCGACAUGUACUGUCCCAUCUGUUUACACCAAGCCUCCUUCCCUGUUGAAACGAACUGUGGACACCUUUUUUGUGGUGCCUGCAUCAUUGCUUACUGGCGGUACGGCUCAUGGCUCGGGGCGAUCAGCUGUCCAAUCUGUAGACAAACGGUAACUUUACUCCUGACAGUAUUUGGUGAAGAUGAUCAGUCUCAGGAUGCUGUAAGAUUACAUCAAGAUAUUAAUGAUUAUAACCGGAGAUUCUCAGGGCAGCCCAGAUCUAUUAUGGAGAGAAUUAUGGAUCUCCCCACUUUACUGAGGCACGCAUUCAGGGAAAUGUUUUCAGUCGGGGGCCUUUUCUGGAUGUUCCGCAUUAGGAUAAUACUUUGCUUAAUGGGAGCUUUCUUCUACCUUAUAUCACCUCUGGAUUUUGUGCCUGAAGCCUUGUUUGGAAUUCUCGGCUUUCUAGAUGAUUUCUUUGUUAUCUUUUUGCUGCUCAUCUACAUCUCUAUUAUGUAUCGAGAAGUGAUAACCCAAAGGCUAACCAGAUGAAAACAGUGCGAGUUUACUGGAGUAUCUGAGCUCAUGUAAAAAAAAACAACAGAAGGACCCGUGGCAGUAUAAAGCAUUAGAAUAUUAUCUUAGCAGCUUAACACCGCUGUGUGACAAAACAUUUGAUUAUCAUCUGACAAAUGCCUCGCGAUACAUAACUGGAACUUUACAUGCUGCAGGCACCAAUGUUAAGUUUAGAAUUAUAAUCUACAGUUGUAUCUUGAUUCUGUGUUGUCUGGAAACAAAUACGGAAUUAUAUAAAAAGGGAUGCUUUUAUAUCUUUUUCUUUUCCCUAAAAUUACUUAAAUUGGAUGUAUAGUAAGAUACUGUUAAAUGUACUGUUUAUCCAGUUGUUCCUCCUCAGUGGGUACCUACAUGAGGAUACAUAGCUGUGAAACUCAUCGUAAUUAUUUUCGUUAAAAUAAACUACCAUACGAUACU